AUGGAGGUGGAGGCGGCUGCGGGCGCUAGCGGGCAGGGCCGGGGGGGAGAGCGGGGGAGGGCGCGAGCGAGCGAGCGGAGCGCAGGGGUGAGGAUUUCCGAGGGGCUGCGCGGUGCGGGCGGCUCCGUGUGGAAGGCGGACUUUCAGCUGAACUCUCAUCUCUCAACACUGGCAAAUAUUCAUAAGAUCUACCACACCCUCAAUAAGCUAAACCUAACAGAAGACGUUGGCCAAGACGAUCACCAAACAGGAAAUCUGCGGUCUUGCAGUUCUUCGGACUGCUUUAAUAAAGUGAUGCCACCAAGGAAAAAGAGAAGACCUGCCUCUGGAGAUGAUCUAUCUGCCAAGAAAAGUAGACAUGAUAGCAUGUAUAGAAAAUAUGAUUCAACUAGAAUAAAGACUGAAGAAGAAGCCUUUUCAAGUAAAAGGUGCUUAGAGUGGUUCUAUGAAUAUGCAGGUACUGAUGAUGUUGUAGGUCCUGAAGGCAUGGAGAAGUUUUGUGAAGACAUUGGGGUUGAACCAGAAAAUGUAGUUAUGCUUGUCCUCGCUUGGAAAUUGGAUGCACAGAACAUGGGUUAUUUUACUCUACAGGAAUGGUUAAAAGGAAUGACUUCUCUACAAUGUGACACAACAGAAAAACUCAGAAAUACUUUGGAUUACUUAAGAUCAUUAUUAAACGAUUCUACAAACUUUAAACUUAUUUACAGAUAUGCGUUUGACUUUGCACGGGAAAAGGACCAGCGCAGCCUAGACAUAAACACUGCCAAGUGCAUGUUGGGACUGUUAUUAGGAAAAAUCUGGCCCCUUUUUCCAGUUUUUCACCAAUUCUUAGAGCAAUCAAAAUACAAAGUUAUUAACAAAGACCAGUGGUGCAAUGUGCUAGAGUUUAGCCGAACAAUUAAUCUCGACCUGAGCAACUACGACGAAGAUGGAGCAUGGCCAGUGUUGUUGGACGAGUUUGUGGAGUGGUAUAAAGACAAACAGAUGUCUUAGGACUUUAUACAUAGCAGCGAGAGAGUCACUGUUACCACAGUUAUGUCAACCAUUAGCCAUAAAUUGCUGUUUGUAUCAAAGCGCAUGCUGCUUUCCUUGCACUGUCGCCCUUUGGCAGGGAUGUUUUGGUGUUUGCUAUUGACUGGACCAGCUCUGUUUGCUGUGUAGCAUUGUUCUCUUGAAAGGCUGCUUUGCAGUUUGUAUUUACACUACAGAUUGGUGAAUUUGCCAACGUCCUCACUGUGAUUAUGUGUAUAUUGCUGUUUAAAUUUUGUAUAUGUGUAUAAAAAGAAAAAAGCUUCACCUAGAGAUUAUUUCUGCAAAAAUGUAUUGUACAAAUAAUUUUGUGGCAUAUUUCUAGUCCCUUUUUUCAAAUGAACCAAUUAUACUUGAUUUGGUCUCAAAUGUAGCAUUUCAGAAGAUGAGACAAAACAACCUUAACCAUGAGCAAACAUUGCCAGAAUUAACCUUACUGUUUAAGAGGCCAACUUUUGGAAUGGGGUGGGAGUCCUAAACUAACUUUUCAGUGGCAUAGGCCAAAUCUCAUUUGGUUUACUUAACAAUAUUAGCAUCUUAAAAUGAUGAACGUUAUCGACAUGUGUAACAUGCCACCAUUCACUUCCACCAUGCAAGGCAUGGUUUUUUGUUUUGCAGUGUUAAAACUGUAGCAGCUUGGAUUUAGGUAUAAAUGACCAAAUUAAAAUUGCACCUUUUUAUUUUUUAAAUUGGGGUUUAAAUUCUUAUGAACUUUAUUUAAUGGUAUUUUUCCUCCCUCAACCCCUUCCUAACCCCUCCCCCCCCCCUUUUUCUUGGCAUCCUUUUAGCCAGUGUUGGAUCUGCUGAUGCUUUGUAUACCAAUGCUAAGUAAAAUUUAUUUUGCCUCCUCCAUGAAAAAAAAUGUAAUGGUUCGCUGGCCAUUUAUAACUGCUGAGCACUUUUAGUUGAGGCUUGAAAUUUCAGUUAAUCUUGUGUGGUGUGUGAUUUUCUAGGUUUUUUUGUUUUGUUUUGUUUUGUUUUCUUUCUUUCUUUUUUUUUUUUCAAAGAGUUGUGAGAGAAUUGUUUAGCUUCCUUUUAGUUUGUUCUCCUGGUUUUGUUUCUUUCAUGCUAGGCUUUUCCUGGCAGCACGUCCAUUGCUGGCAGUGGACACAACCACCAGCAUUGAGCUCACCUAUCACAGGUUAGGACCUUUCCUGGAGGGGCCAUUUGUCGUUUCCUGAGUCAUUUGUACAAAGGGGGACUGCCGUUAUUUAUGUAGAUGAGAAAAUAAGAGUAAUAAGCAGGAUAAUGUUUUUAGGUUUGUGUUUUAUGGUUUUUUUUUUUUUUUUUUUGCCUUCUUGAGAAAAUGUGUAGAUAACAUGUUUUCGCCCAACUAUCUGGUGCUAUUGAUGACUAAUUUAGUCUCUAAAGUUUUAUGAAAACACAAAAAUCUAGUGAUUUAACCCAAGUAAAGAGUUAAUGGUACAUUUGAACAAGAUAAAUGCUAUAGUUGUGAGCAAGAUCCGCGAUUGAGCUUGUAAUGAUUGGAAGAAGUUUGGAAUCAUCUCGAAAUUUGGCCAAAAAUAUCUUCUAGCUUAAAUGUGAAUGUUUAAAUGGCAUUAAAGGAGUAAAGCACACUGACAAUGCUACUCUUUGACCACUGUUGUAGUUUCUUUGCAAACAGUGUUCAGAUUUUCAUAUUUUUCCCUAACGGAACCACCAAAGACAGAAAUUUUGUAUGUAUAUACAGUGUGUGUGCAUAUACAAAAUCAUGGUAUGGUAGAAUGCAACUACUUCCUUUUUCUACCAAAUAGAAAAGGUUUGGUUUGCUGUGAAAUAAACCAGAGGUUUAAAAAGCUCUGUAGUGAUGAAGCAUACUGAACCAUUCCUUGUUUGUACUCUUCACUUUUAACCUUACAAUCUAAUAGCAGUUUGCAUAAAUUAAUACCUGAAAGAAUAACAUGUUGACAGCAAGCAACAGCUAUUGAGAUCAUUCUGUUGAAAAGAUUCUGAUGGAUAUGUGUGUGUGUGUUAUAGCAGUGACUAGCCAUGGGCAGACUUGGAUCUAUGGAGAAUUGAUUCAUUUUCUAAAGUACCCCAAUAAGUUCAAAAAAUUAAACUUUAAAGGCAGCAGUUAUUAAAUUUGAUCAACUGUAGUUUUGUUUGAAGCAAAUAUAAAUCACAGGUGAAAUUAUUUUAAAUAUAUUACAAUCUAGAGAAUCUUUUUAACACUAAGCACAGUUAGUCCUAAAAUAACAGGAUUAUUAGAAGGGAGAAGUAUUAGCAUUUUAUUGCCAGUGAACAUGUUCAGAACAGGAGAACCACCCAGGGAAGAACCAUCUCAAGAUGUGUGAUAUGUAAGUAAGCAUUGCACAGGGACAAUCUUGCCUGUUCAGAAAACUCUAAAUCAUCUUUAAACUGCCUUGAAGCACAGACUUCUGUGACUAUGGGGUUGCAGAGUGCUUGCCCUUGGUUUUCUUGAUUUCAUGUAGUUAUUUUUAAGAGGAGAAAAAGGAAUCGGACUGAGUAAUAAGAUGCUUUUUCUUAGACUUCCCUAAGUACACAAAAUUGAACGGUCAUCAGCCAGUUGUUGACUGGCUGAUGUUAAAUACAUGAGGGUGCCUUCUUGUGAUUUUACUCCAGUACCUGAGUCUGCACCCUUUCUCUCUUUUUUCUGUUGUGUUUUGAACUCCACAUUACAGUACUCUGUUGUAAUGGAACACAGCUCUUAGGUGUUUACUGCUGCUGUAGGUCAGGAAUUUUAUCCUUUAAGUUGUCACAAACACCCACUGUAAUGUUUCUUGUACCUUUUUGGAAGCAUGAACUCCGAAUUAGGGUUUUAUGAAUCUGACUAGGCAAACCUCUAAAUUUUGGUUCAGAUUUCUGUUGCCUGUCAAUUUCCAUUUUAACAGUGCUUUUGAAGUUUAUACAGAAAGCUUUAAAAGUUAGUUUGUGCCCUUGGUUUUUAUUCUUACAACUGCUAAAAUACCUCUGUAAGCCUUAUUCUAUAUUCUUUCAUAUGUUGUAUAAUAAAUGUAAAGAAUUCAUUGACCAACUGAAAUGUUGGGUGUCUGUAAAUGAGACCAAAAUGUGGGUUGCUUUUUUUCAUAAAAUAAUUUCUAUUUGGGGGUUACUGUUUAAUGAACAGCAGCUAUCCUAUAACUGUGAAUGCUUCGUGUCGUCAGUAUUUGCAUUACAUUCAUAAAAGUGUGCAAGUCCUGUGACUCCCAGCUUAACUAAAAUACUGUUAUGCCACCUGAGUUCAGCAAACUGGUUUUAGGUUUUGAUGGAAUUGAUGUAAAAUGAUAUCCCAUAAAUAAAAAGUAUUUGUGUUUGGUUUCAGAACUGGU